CGAUGUUACUUAAUAUCGGAGAAAACAAACAUCACUCGCGAAUCGUGAACGGUCCGCAGUAAGUUGGAUAAAAUCAUUGAUGCACAUUGCGUAUAACAUUGUGAAAAUUAUUAUUUCGACACACGUUAAAGUGAAGAUAUAAACAAGCAGUGUUGAACGGUUAACAGUCAGUUAGAAUUUAUGUGUGAAAGUUGUUUAAACAAAUAAAUUAAUGAAUCACUUUACUUGAUUAAAGGAUCUAUAUGUCGAUGUUUAUGAUAAUGCAUACGAGAUCGGAUAUCUAUAAUAACAACUCUAUUUCACAUACGUAACUAUUUAAAAAAAAAAUAAAAUUAACAGUGUUAAUUGAAAGUUACAUAUUGAAUUCAUCUUUAUGUGUCGAUCGUUUGUACUUGAACCUUCCUUGUGUCAAAAUCGAUUGUAGACAGUUUCCGCCAUGCGAGGUUGAAUUGAAGAUAUACAUGCUAUACACAACCGUUCAAUCAACGCCGAAGACAAGCGUACUUGCUAUUUAGCUACCUAAUAACAUCAUGUGCGAAUGAAUCAAACUUACAACUAAGAAUCAUAACCAGUACACGUACGAGCUGUUUUUAGUAUGAUAGUUUUAACAUCAAGUAAUUAAUGUUCGGGUCACUACACACGUUGCUCGAUGGAUGUAUGGACUAAUAUCUGAAUCCCUUGGAAAUUACAUUGAGGAAGAGGUUAUAGCGGUUGAAGUGGGUACGCUGACUGUAAGAUGUUCAUACUGACUCUUGUGAGCAUUUCGAUUUUAUCAUUUAAUAUGAUUCCAGAUGUGUGCGAGGCCAGUGCUGAAGGAGUAGGCCAAGAAUGGCUUCUCUCCCGGCACCGAAGAGAGGUAAGAUGCGCAAACAAGUACGGCGAGAUUACUACUGGACACACGGCCUGCCUCCCCAGGUCCAGCAUGUUGCGAACAAGCGGUUUAGAACCCGGCGAACAGGAGUCGAUUAUAGCGACCCACAACACGGCCCGGCGUGGUGUCAAUCCCCCGGCUUCUAACAUGCAGAUGAUGAGUUGGGACGAGUCCUUAGCAAAUAUUGCCCAAAGAUGGGCAGAAAACUGCGCCGCUAACAAUCAUGAUAACGAUUACAAGAGGACCGAUUUCGGGCGCCUGUCUGUUGGCCAGAACCUGGCCUGGGGUAGUUACAAGCUGGGCUGGAGCAAGGCCAUCUCCCUGUGGGAAAACGAGAAAAAGGACUACACGUUCGGUGGCGCCAAUAGCGGCAAGGUGGUGGGGCACUAUACUCAGAUGGUGUGGGCGAACUCAUCAAAAGUAGGCUGUGGAUAUGCCGACUGCAACAGCCAGCACUAUUACGUGUGCAACUAUGGCCCAGGAGGUAAUUUUCACAAUCAGCUGCCCUACGCACUUGGGACAACGUGUUCCGCGUGUUCCAAUCGCUGUACUAAUGGACUAUGUGACUGUGGCAGGUUGGUGUGCCUCAACGGAGGGACGCUGGACUUGAAACAGUGCAAAUGUACCUGCCUGAAACCAUUUCACACGCAACCAAAUUGUGCACUGAACUGCACGGGCGCACAAGAUAACAACUAUUGUCAACGCGGAUGGUCGGGAAAGUGCGAGGUGUACUCCAACAUACCAUAUGAAUGUCCCAACAUGUGCAAGUGGUGUCCAUUUGCGGACGCAAAAUUUGACAACAAUGCAAAAUUUUACAACGAUGGAAAUAGAUCAGCAUCAUCUCCAAACAUGAUUACGACACUUGUUAUUGCUAUGGUAGUUUGUGCAUUUGACUAAACGCUCAUUUUCCAUGCAAGUUGUUUUUCACUUUAUAUAUGCCAUCGUCUUGCUCAACCGUAUAUAGUAUUAGCAUGAAUCCACUUUGUAAAAUAUAAAGAUUUUGUGUUGGAAGGUGGGUGAUAAUAUAUGUAUGUUGAGCGGCGUUCUGUGAAAAGUGUGUAUACUGCUAUGUGUAAAGGGUCGUACCCGAUUAGCAUGUACAGUACGCACAUGCUAAUCAGGGACGACACAUUCCGCCUAAACUUGAUUUUUGCAAAGAAGAGACUUUCCUGGAAAGAAACAAAUCAUAAAAGCAGAAAGUGUCGUCCCUGAUAAGCCUGUGCGGACUGCACAGGCUAAACUGGUUUUAUACUUUACGCACAGGCACUAAACACCUUUUUCACAAAGCACAACCCAUCUACAUAUGUUUUGAUAAGCCGAAUGAUAGUUUGUUAUUGACAUGUCUUCUCCGUUUACUGAAAUUUUAGGCAUAUUGAGACUUUUAACAUACACUAAGAAUUUAAUUUAGUGGUAGUUUAUUGUCGCUGUUCGUUUCAUUCAUAUCUGGCAAAAUUAUUAUGUUAAAAUUUUAAACGAACUCUGGAUUUGAAAAAUGUAUCGAAAGCGUAACAAUGAUUGCCAUAGAAAAGCUCUCACAAGAUUUAGACUAAGUGCUCCCUCAUUAGAAAAUGAAUCUGCUAGACACACUAACUUUGAAUGAAAAGCAGGAAAUGUGAACUGUGUAGCAGUAAAAUGAUUGAAUAAAAAUAUUACUUGUUAUAUUUAUGCAUACGUUAACGAGAUUUUAGACUCAAGUAUUACUUAUUACAAUCAUUUUACACCGUCUGCAGGUUUACAUCCAGAAUUAACGCUAGACAAUUAAAACUAUGUAUACUUUUAUUUACAAUUCUAUGUUAUGAUCUUGCUGGUCCGCUACUGUGUUGCUUAUUGAUAAUACUAAAAAUGUUGACACAUUAUUUAUUAACUUUUUCAUUUAAUUAUCUAGUUAUCUAUAAUGAUUUGUGUUUAGUUUUUCAUUUGUGUGGUCAUCUUUAUGCAUAUUUGAUUAGUAAGUGGCCAUUACUUGGUAACUCUGCCAAUAAACUUACUGCUUUUUUUAAUUUGACAUAUGUACAAUAUGGUACAUCGACCAAUGUAGCAAUGCCUUUUGAUGGAGUCAUAUCAUACAAGUAUAAUAUAAGUAUGUCUGUAUAUAUAUAUAUAUAGUGUUUUAUUAUUUACAAUAUCAUGCAAUCUUUUGUAACUACAUCAUAGUGCAAUUUUUGUUUGUAGUGUUUUGUCCUGUUUUGUUUAUUGUGCUUGGACCUGGCAUCCAUCGAAAUAAAAUUACCAGUUGA